AUGGCCAGUGGCGCCGGCUCGGCCACGGCGCGCGGCGCGCGGCGACAUCGGCGUCCACGGCGGGCAGCACGGCCACGGGGCGGCGCGCGGCGACCUCCAGCCGAGGCUGCGACCAGCGGAGCCGCGGCCAGCUGGGCACGCGACGGCGCAGCCAAAGGCAGGGCACGGGGCGGCCAGCUCGAGCCCCGGCGACGGCAGCCGGCCGUGCACGGGCUCGGCCGGGGCGACGACCGGCGCGACGGCGGCGGCCACGCCACACGACGCGGCGUCGAGCCGGCCAACGAGACGGCGGCGGCGGCGUCAGCAGGACGCGGUGCAGCGUGCUUGGUACGGCGUCAUCUGGACGCCGGCCUCGGGAUGCGGAUCUUCGUCGUGUUCGUCCGGAACUCCGACGGCGCAUGGCACAUCCGAAAAUACCCGCACACAUCUGGCUCCUGGCCUCGACCCUGGCUAGGCCGAGCCAAAUCCCCUAGCCACCGCCGCACCACUCGCCGCCGCGGCCGACCUCAACCCGCCCGCCACCGCGCAAGCACCUCUGCCCGCUCGCGAGCCUCCACCCGCGCGCUCCGCUCUGCGACGCCUGCGCCGCAGCGCGCGCCGCCCUCCGCUGCCAAAUCGGCGCCCCCCCGGGCCACGCUCUGCGCCGACUGCCGCGCGCCGCCGGAAGGCGGCGGUGGAGCCUCCCUCGUGGAGGAUUACACCGGCUGCCCCACGCUUUCCGAGAUCCUCCGCAUCCUCUCCGUGAAGCGCCGUCGGCGCGGGAGGACUUCGAUGCCUGGCUCGCCGACAACCUCCUCCAAGUCCUACAGGAGGUUCAGAUGUGUGUAUCAAGGACGCACGGAUCCAUUGGCCUGCAUACCACACAUCCCUUCACUAAUUCCAUCAGUGUCAUUCUUAACAAGUGUGACAAGUCGUGUGAGAUGAAGGUGGUGAACCGUCUCAAUGUUAAGCCAAGUAUGUGGAGGAUAUGCCAUGGAUGAUGUGGACAGGUAAGGGUAAAAGUUUGAGCUGUCAAUUUUUGUGUGAUCGAGCUCCUGUAUGGUCAAACCUAAAAAGUUCAGUGAAGAUUCAGAUUACAUAUGGAUUCC